GGGGGCCGCCUCCUCCUCAAUGUGAGGGGAGCGCCCGGACACAGCGCGCAUCCGGACCGAGCCGAGCCCGGGCAAGGCCCCCGGACUCUUCGCCGGGAUCUCACGCCCCUCCCCUCCCAGACCCCAGACCCGUGGGUUCCCACCCCCUCCUGUUCCCUCCUUCCUCCUCCGCCGCCUCCUACAUCUCCAUCCCCAGCAUCCUCCCCGCGCCCCUGCGAAUCCCCCGCACCGCAAGCCCCACUAGCUUUCCACCCUCCUCAAGACCCCUCUCCCACCACAUCCCUGGCCCCUGGCCCUUAAGUCCCCAUUCCCUUCUCCUGCCUCCCCCGCUGGUUCUCUCCUAGCCUCGGGUCCCCCUUUCUGCCCCCUUUUCCUCCCACUCCCUCAUUUGCCCCCACUACUGUCCUCCCCGCCCUCCUCCGCCCAUCUCAGCGCCCCCACCCAGGCCGGGGUGCACGGUCCGGCGCGCCUCCCCGGAGCAGCACCAAGGUCCCGGGGCUCUAAGGGGGUGGGGGCGCAGGGCGGGGAGCAUGGGGAGGGGGAGCCCCAUGUGAUGGGAGGGGGGCGCAAGCGGAGGCGGAGGAGGCGGCGGCGACAGCGGAGCCGGACUGGGGGCUCAGCGGGGUCCGGGGGCUGGGGGCAGCGAGCAGGGCGGCCCCAUGGCCGGGCCCCCCUGAGGCAGUCCGGGGGAGUCCCCUCCCCUCCCCAGCUCGGGGGUCUUCGGGCCCCAUGAGCCGGGGCGCGGGCGCGCUUCAGCGCCGGACAACGACCUACCUCAUCUCGCUGACCCUGGUCAAGCUCGAGUCCGUACCUCCGCCGCCGCCUUCUCCGUCCGCAGUCGCGGCCAGCGCCCCUGGGGCUAGAGGCUCCGAAACCGGGGAUCCUGGCAGCCCCCGAGGCGCGGAGGAUCCGGGCAAGAAGCGGCACGAGCGUCUCUUCCACCGACAGGAUGCGCUGUGGAUCAGCACUAGCAGCGCGGGAGCGGGGGGUGCGGAGCCCCCAGCCUUGUCCCCGGCUCCGGCCAGUCCGGCUCGCCCGGUCUCCCCCGCUCCCGGCCGCCGACUCUCCCUCUGGGCGGCCCCUCCGGGACCCCCGCUCUCCGGGGGACUAAGCCCCGACCCUAAACCCGGGGGCGCCCCCACCUCCUCCCGACGCCCUCUACUCAGCAGCCCGAGCUGGGGGGGCCCGGAACCCGAAGGCCGGCCAGUCGGCGGCGUCCCCGGUUCGUCCUCCCCGCAUCCUGGCACAGGCAGCCGGAGGCUCAAGGUGGCGCCUCCUCCACCGGCUCCCAAGCCUUGCAAGACCGUGACCACGAGUGGAGCCAAAGCCGGCGGGGGCAAGGGCGCGGGUAGCCGCCUGUCAUGGCCCGAAAGCGAAGGCAAGCCCAGGGUCAAGGGGCCAAAGAGCAGCGCCGGGACUGGAGCUUCUGCCGCUGCGGCUGCUGCUGCCGGCGGGGGAGGGGGCGCUGCAGCCGCGACCUCUGGUGGGGUCGGGGCUGGGGCUGGAGUCCGAGGGAAGCUGUCCCCUCGAAAAGGCAAGAGUAAGACCUUGGACAACAGUGACUUGCACCCAGGACCGCCUGCCGGCUCUCCUCCUCCUCUAACCAUCCCAGCAACCCCGGCUCCAGGCUCUGCCGUUACCGCCGCCUCCGCGCAGCCCCUCGGGCCAGCACCUCCAAUCACUCUGGAGCCUCCAGCUCCGGGGCUGAAACGGGGCCGGGAGGGGGGCCGAGCAUCCACUCGCGACCGCAAGAUGCUCAAGUUUAUCAGCGGUAUCUUCACCAAGAGCACAGGGGGGCCACCUGGCUCAGGGCCCCUUCCAGGACCCCCGGGCCUGUCUUCUGGCAGCGGGUCCAGGGAGCUGCUGGGUGCAGAGCUCCGCGCCUCCCCUAGUGAGUGGGAGGCUGUGGUCAAUAGCCAGGAAUGGACUUUGAGCCGCUCCAUUCCUGAACUUCGUCUGGGUGUACUGGGCGAUGCCAGGAGUGGAAAGUCAUCACUCAUCCACCGAUUCCUGACUGGUUCUUACCAGGUGCUGGAGAAGACUGAGAGUGAGCAGUACAAGAAAGAGAUGUUGGUGGAUGGACAGACUCAUCUGGUGCUGAUCCGAGAGGAAGCUGGGGCACCUGAUGCCAAGUUCUCAGGCUGGGCAGACGCUGUGAUCUUCGUCUUCAGCCUGGAGGAUGAGAACAGUUUCCAAGCUGUGAGCCAUCUUCAUGGGCAGCUGAGCUCCCUUCGGGGGGAGGGACGAGGAGGCCUGGCCCUGGCACUGGUGGGGACACAAGACAGGAUCAGUGCUUCCUCUCCUCGGGUGGUUGGUGAUGCUCGUGCCAGGGCUCUGUGUGCAGAAAUGAAACGCUGCAGCUACUACGAGACUUGUGCAACCUAUGGACUCAAUGUGGAUCGAGUCUUCCAGGAGGUGGCCCAGAAGGUGGUGACCUUGCGCAAACAGCAACAACUUCUGGCUGCCUGCAAGUCUCUGCCCAGCUCCCCAAGUCACUCAGCUGCUUCCACCCCUGUAGCUGGGCAGGCUAGUAACGGGGGCCACACUAGCGACUACUCUUCUUCCCUUCCAUCCUCACCCAAUGUCGGUCACCGGGAGCUCCGAGCUGAGGCAGCUGCAGUGGCUGGAUUGAGCACUCCUGGGUCCUUACACCGGGCAGCCAAGCGCAGGACCAGUCUUUUUGCGAAUCGUCGGGGUAGUGACUCUGAAAAGAGGAGCUUGGAUAGUCGGGGAGAGACAACAGGGAGUGGGCGAGCCAUCCCCAUCAAACAAAGCUUCCUACUAAAGCGAAGUGGCAAUUCCUUGAACAAAGAAUGGAAGAAGAAAUACGUGACUCUGUCCAGUAAUGGCUUCCUACUCUACCACCCCAGCAUUAAUGAUUACAUUCACAGUACCCAUGGCAAGGAGAUGGACUUGCUACGAACAACAGUCAAAGUCCCAGGCAAGCGGCCUCCAAGGGCCAUAUCUGCUUUUGGUCCCUCAGCCAGCAUCAAUGGACUGGUCAAGGACAUGAGCACUGUCCAGAUGGGUGAAGGCCCUGAAGCCACGACUGCCAUGCUCAGCCCCAGCCCUAGCCCCAGUUCCCUGCAGCCACCACCAGAUCAGACAACAAGGCACCUGCUGAAACCAGAUCGGAAUUUGGCCCGAGCCCUCAGCACCGACUGUACCCCAUCUGGAGACCUGAGCCCCCUGAGUCGGGAACCCCCUCCUUCUCCCAUGGUGAAGAAGCAGAGGAGAAAAAAACUGACAACACCAUCCAAGACCGAAGGCUCGGCUGUGCAGGCUGAAGCCAAGCGCAAAAUGUGGAAACUAAAAUCCUUUGGUAGUUUAAGAAAUAUUUAUAAAGCAGAGGAAAAUUUUGAGUUCCUGAUCGUAUCAAGCACUGGUCAGACGUGGCACUUUGAGGCAGCCAGCUUUGAGGAGAGGGACUCCUGGGUCCAGGCUAUCGAGAGUCAGAUUCUAGCCAGUCUGCAGUGCUGUGAGAGCAGCAAGGUCAAGCUGCGCACAGACAGCCAAAGUGAAGCUGUGGCCAUUCAGGCGAUCCGGAACGCCAAAGGAAACUCUAUCUGCGUGGACUGCGGAGCCCCCAACCCCACGUGGGCCAGCUUGAACCUGGGCGCACUCAUCUGUAUCGAGUGUUCUGGCAUCCACCGGAACCUGGGCACACACCUGUCUCGCGUUCGUUCGCUCGACUUGGAUGACUGGCCGCGGGAGCUGACCCUGGUGCUGACGGCUAUUGGCAACGACACGGCCAACAGCGUGUGGGAAAGCGACACUAGGGGCCGCGCCAAACCUACACGGGACUCUUCGCGGGAGGAGCGUGAGUCAUGGAUUCGCGCCAAAUAUGAGCAGCUGCUGUUCUUGGCGCCGCUGGGCACUACCGAGGAGACGCUGGGCCGCCAGCUGUGGGCCGCUGUGCAGGCCCAGGACGUGGCCACCGUUCUCCUGCUUCUGGCCCAUGCGCGUCACGGGCCGCUCGACACCAGCGUAGAGGACCCACAGCUCCGCUCUCCACUACACCUGGCGGCCGAGCUCGCGCACGUUGUCAUCACGCAACUGCUGCUGUGGUAUGGCGCGGACGUGGCGGCCCGCGACGCACAGGGCCGCACGGCGCUGUUCUACGCCCGUCAGGCUGGGAGCCAGCUGUGUGCGGACAUCCUUCUGCAGCACGGGUGCCCAGGCGAGGGAGGCAGCACAGCCACCACGCCCAGCGCGGCCACCACGCCCAGCAUUACUGCCACGCCCAGCCCCCGCCGCCGGAGCAGUGCAGCCAGCGUGGGCCGUGUGGACGCCCCGGUCGCGCUGGUAUAGUUGCCCAACAGCGGGAGAGUCACCCCCACCCCCACGCGGGCCGGGCACAACCACACCCGGUGGACAGCUGGACAGAUGCACCCAUUCACCUCUCCAAUUCGCACCCCGCCCCACGGGAGCACUUCCUACCCCCACGAGGGCACAGCCCCCACGCCUCCCAGAAGACACAAACUCACCUCCCUCUCCCCAAUGAGGCAUGGAGACCCCAGCUCAACACGCCCCCUCUCCACUGUUUCCACCCUCGGAUUGCUCUGGGUCUACCCGCUCGGUGUUUGCAGAAAGGGACGUCCCCGCUGCGGUACCGGCUCGAGGGCGCUUGGACAUGCCUGCCCACGCCCUCUAGGGGCGGGAAAAGGACCCAGUCCUGCCAGCGUUCAACAAUCCACGGCAGGAGCCCAAACCCAGGCUGGCUCCUGGGGCGACGCCACGCCAGAGGGAGGGGUUAGUACGUGGAGCGGUAGCCCUGGGACUUGGGGCCGAUACCGGGACCCCACCCCUUCAAUGCUGAUCUCACUGCCCAGUAAAGGGGAAAAGGGCAGCGAGGGGCAGGACCCCUGCUGCCUGUGGAGGUAGAGGGGUCCCAAACCCUUUCCGUGAAAGGGACCAUGAGGAGUGGAAAUCAGGAUCCCCCCUACACCUACCCAUGGGUGGAAGUAAAGCGCCAGGGGCAGCCAAGAUCCUGGGUCCCUCCGCUACUAUCUUGGGAGGGAGAAAGGAUGAAGCAAGAGCGGGCUAAGGGGACUGGGGAGGGACCUUGUAAUUUAUUGCUUUGUUCCCCAACAUGGG